AGUGGCUCGGCAGCAAUACCGGAUAGAUCAAGCUGUGGCUGCUGUGAAGAAUGCCGGAUGACGACAAAUCCAACGCAGGUGUAGGGCUGAUUUACCCUCCUGCUGACAUCCGCGGUGUCAUCGACAAGACAGCGCAGUUCGUUGCGAAGUGCGGAGAGAACUUCGAGCAGCGAGUGUUGCGAGAGCAAAAUCACACAAAGUUUGCUUUCCUGUUGCCGAACAAUCCAUACAGGCCUUACUACGAACAGAAGGUUAAAGAAUUCAAGACCGGCGUCGUGGAGGAGACGAAGCCUGAAGUGCCUCAAGCCAUCAUUGAUCAGAAGGCGAAGGAGGAUGAGAAGAGGAGGAAAAAGGAACAAUUGAAGGCUCUGACUUUGGGCGAGAAGAAGAAGAAAACUGCAAAGCCUCCGCCUCCUGACCAGUACGUCGUCAACCAUCCCUACAUCGCGCCAAUGGACACUGAUAUCAUCAAGCUGACAGCGCAGUUUGUUGCACGGAACGGUCAGAAGUUUUUGAUCGGGCUGACGCAGCGUGAGAGCCGAAACCCGCAGUUUGACUUCCUGAAGCCGACUCAUGCUUUGUUCGGCUACUUCACCUCCUUGGUGGAUGCGUACACCAAGUGCCUGAUGCCCAACAAGGAUGAGGUGGAGAAGUUGAAGAAGUGCAUGAACAACAUGCAGGAAGUGAUGGAUAAGGCUAUGUCGCGCUUCCAGUGGGACGAACAGGAGGAAACUCACCGAGCCAGUCGUGAGGAGGAGAUGAAAGAGGAGAAGGAACAGAUGGCUCAGAUUGACUGGCACGAUUUUGUCGUGGUGGAGACUAUUGAGUUCACGGGAGAGGAUGAUAAUCUCCAACUGGCUGCGCCAAUAGAUCCUUCCACACAUGCUCCAAAGGGAGCACCGGCACCUUUGGAACAAGCAGGCACAAUGUUCGCGGAGGCGAGGAUUGAGAAGGCCAAGGGUGUGGAAGAGGAAGUGAGGGAAGAGCCGGCAAUUGACCUGGAGAAAGAAGAGCGCGAAAGGCGGGAAAGAGAACGCGAGGCCGAGCAAAGGGAGCGCGAGGAAAGAGAACGCGAGGAACGGGAGAAGGAGGAAAGAGAAAGGCAGGAGAGAGAAGCAGAGGAAAUGGUGCCAGAUGAAGAGCCUUUGGACAUGGAGCCUGAGAUCCCCCUGCCCAUGCAGGAACCUGAGAUGAAAGUCCGAAAGGACUACGUCCGACAAAAGAAGGGAAGUGCGGCGCGCUUGAUGCAGCGGUGCCCGAUCACAGGCCAGCUCAUUGCGGCAGAGGAGAUGUCCAACCACUUGAAGGUGCUGUUGCUGGAUCCGAAGUGGAAGCAUCAGAAGGAUGCCUUGGUGGAGCGAGCAAGGAAGGAGUCCGCCUUCGCGGAUGAUGUUGAGGCCAACUUGGCAAGCUUCGUGGCCAAGAGGCCCGACUUGUUCGGCACAGUGGAGGAGGAGAUUCGCGAGGCCGCGGAGGCUGGUGCCGAGGCAGCAGCGCGAGAUGCCGGCGCAGAUGCUGGUCCUGCCCACACAAUGGUUCCGCCAACUGCAUACGAAGCACAGCCCAAGAAGGCCCUCACAGGAGCUGCGGCUGGUGGUGGAGCUCUUCCUGCACCAUCAAUGCAGGCCCUUCCCGGUGGCCAGCAAGGCCCCAUUGCAGGUGUGUCCACCAUCAAUGCAAGGCUUCCCCAGGCCUCGCUGGCGCACCAAUCGCAGGGCAGCGGUCCUCCGGGCAUUCGCCCGCCUGGCAUGCUGCAAGGCACAGGACCCAUGGCUCUUGCUGACGAUGACGACGAUGAUGAACCCAACGCCAAGAAGCCUCGGUUGGACGAUGGGAGCCUUGUGGCCGAAGAGACAUGGAUCAGCAGAUUCCCGACGCCCAUCACUUUCAUCGUGCAGGUGAAUCUCGGGGCAGAUGCCCAGGCAGCGGGCAUCCAGCCAGCGAUUCCCAUAGAAGUGUCUGUGCGAAGCAAAGUUGAAGACUUGAAGAAGAUGCUUCAGCCAAAGGUGGCGGCUGCUGGCGUGAACGUAGCCAACAUGAAGCUGAAGGUCCAGAACUCGGGUUACAUCCUGAAGAAUGCUCACACGCUGGCCUUCUACAACAUCGCUGCUGGUGUCAUCAUCGAGCUCUCCAGAAAAACACGUGGUGGAAAGUGAUGCACUGACGCCUGCUUCUGUCUUUACUGGAUGUGGAUGUUCAUUUCAGUUUUCUUGGCUUGAACCAUCGUAUAGCAAUUUUCAAGCGCCGUUUCCAGGCAAAGGGCAGAUGUUGUGCUGCGCACCAUACAGUGCACAGUGCCAGCUGUAAGAUCUCAGCAAGCUAUCAGGGUGAGAUCGGUGUUUCAUUCAACGAGUAUGCGCGGAUGCUCUCGC